AUGAGUCACUGUUAUACUGUGUGUUUUGAAUACUGUUUAGCCAUGUUUUUCACGUCCCAUCUUGCCAGUUCCUAUGUUGUUGCCGUUCUCGUUAUCGCCACAUCGGCUAGCACAUUUGUUUACCUUGUAGGCAAACUGGUGAACAGUCGCAAAACCUCGACGAAUGCCAAGCAUGCUCAUUCCGAAUUUCCUCAGCGUGUUGCUGACACGGAAGAAAAACAAAGCUAUGUAAAAGUAUUUCCGCCUUCACAAAGAACAGCUCUCACGAAGCUUGGACCGCAAUAUGACAAUAUCACCGAAGUCAACCUGGGUAUCACUCCGAAGCCACUCCUUAAACUACAUGAUGACUAUCGCACAGCCGACCCAUCAUUCUUCAACUUCAGUGGCUUUAGUGUUGGUGAUAUUCGGUCCCUUGGCGAUUUCCCAGACUAUGCAGCUUUAUCAGAUGUAGCGCUUCCAUCCCCUCUGCAUGCAUUUAACGUCGAUAAGGCCGUUCCACGACCCUAUAGGCCUUUCCGAUGGGCGUAUCACCAAACAAUGUCUCUCACGAAGAUGGACACGGACUUUUGGAUUGAACUUGAAAGUACAUACCGAGAACGAAUCGCUCAACGCCAAGAACUUUACGCAAAGCAUGGAAGUGAUGUACUCGGCAGCUUGCCAGGCUCAGAACUUGCUUGUAAGGAGCUCAUGGAGAUGGUUCUGCAGUUCCUUUGCGCGAGAUACCCUACCCAGUUCGAGAUCAAGGCCAACAUUUUGAAAAAUCGCAUUCUCGGAACUGAGACCAAUCUGGACGCCAGGGAGCCUCUUCACGUUCUGCUAAACAAUGUCCCUGAAGACUUUGGUAUCAUGCUGAGAGACCACGAGACUGGGCGGUACGUUCUUCGCGCUGGCAUGAUAUGCUCCUCCGUUGGCUGGAACCUUGGGGAAAAGAUCGGUCAAGGAUUGCCAGGGAUUCACAGAUAUGUUCCAGAUUAUAAAGAAAAGAUGGAGUUUAGCAUGGAUCGUUUCUUCACCAAGAUGGCCACGUCCAAGCCAAUUCAGCGAGGCUCUUGGGGUCUUGAAAUUGGUCAACCACUAUAUCUUCCGGCAGAACAUCCCGAUAUAACUCACCGUGAGUUUCAGAACCCGAACUUGAAGCCUGACGACAUCCAUCUCCGCGUCGACUGGCAAACCCUGCGGCGCCUACCGCUUUCUGGCGCUGUGGUCUUCAACUUCAAGGCGCUUUUCACCCCACUUUCUGAGCUUAAAAAUGAACCAUACAUACCAUCGCUAGUUUUAAAAGUCCUCAACGAUGGUAAGGAGAGUAUACUGAAGUACAAGGGAACAUGGCAUGUUGAACACGUCGCGAAACCAACCUUGGAGGAGUAUGAACGAUAUCAGAUCGAGAAAGGGAUUAUAGAGGAAAACUGGUCGCAUCAAACAUUAGCUGAAGCCCCGUUUUUCCCGGGUUGGGAGAAAAAAUGGGCUGUUGCGUAA